AUGUCCUCUGAUAGUGACACGGAGGGUGAGGCGCCGUCGGGGACGCAGUCGCAUGCGCACUGGAACCGGAUCGAGCACAAGUUGGCUAAUCUGCCGACGCUGGAGCGGCUUAUGCAGGAGUCGGAUCCAAACGACUUCUCCAGCGCGGAUGUGGAGGAGGCGUCGCGAUUUGUGCGAGAUAUCGUGGCGACUGCGCCGCAGUGCAGCACAGACAUCGAGAAGGCUCAGCGUCAGCUUCAAAGGAAGUACCGUCGCGUGUUCAAGAAGUCACUGCUACUCGCGGGGUACAAGCACCUGCUGCGCGAGUCUAUGAAAGCGGCGAAUGACGUCAACACACUUGUACAGCCGCACCAGGAGAGCUGUGACUCUUCUGGUGCACUCACUGCUGCUGCUGCUGCUGCUGUUCUCCCGGACAUGGAAGACGCCGUAUCACCGCCGCCCCCGUCCGCGCCUGGGACUUUGCCGUCCCCCAGUCUGAAGACGUCUGUGGUGUGUCCAGUGCUGGAGCGCUACCUCGUGUUCAAGGCUCCGCGUAGUCAGUCCGGCGUGCUGGUCGUUACUGUGUUCACCUCCGCUUACCCGGACGGGCAGAACUUCAGCUGCCAGUGGAACUGUUAUUACUGCCCCAACGAGCCGGGUCAGCCACGCAGCUACUUGCUGAACGAGCCCGGCGUGCGGCGGGCGAAUCGCCUCGAGUUCGACCCGUACCGCCAGUUCGAAGAGCGCGUCCGCUCUCUUGUGGCGAUCGGGCACCCCGCCGAUAAAGUCGAGCUGCUGGUGCUGGGUGGCACCUGGGAGAGCUACCCGCACCCGUAUCGCGAGCGCUUCAUCCGCGACCUCUUCUACGCGGCCAACACCAUGUUUGAUCCCCCGCGCGCUCCGCGACGGCCACCGCUGGACCUGCUCCAGGAGCAGCUGCUGAAUGAGUCCGCGCAGUGCAAGAUCAUUGGAGUGACGCUGGAGACGCGGCCAGACACUAUCAACCCAGAGAUGCUCGUGGAGCUGCGUCGGUUCGGCUGCACUCGCGUGCAGCUUGGCGUGCAGCACACAGACGACGGCAUUCUCACCCUUGUGAAUCGCCAGUCUACCCGCGAGGACACCGCCAACGCCAUCAAGCUGUUGAAAGACAGCUGCUUCAAGGUCGACAUCCAUCUCAUGCCGGACCUGCCCGGGGCAAGCCCCACCGUCGACAAGGCCAUGUUCGAUGACGUACUCGACUCCCCGUAUCUCCAGGCGGACCAGUGGAAAAUCUACCCAUGCCAAACAACGCCGUUCUCUGUGAUUGAGCAGUGGUACAAGGACGGCAAGUACACACCCUACGGCCUGGAGAACUUGAUCGACGUGCUGCUCUAUGCGAAGGCGCGCGUGCACCCGUGGAUCCGCAUCAACCGCGUCAUCCGCGACAUUCCGGUGGACUACGUCCUUGCUGGCGUCGAGGUGGCAAACCUGCGUCAACUGCUCGCCCACAAGUUGCGAGAGCGCGGGGAGCGAUGCUGCUGCAUUCGGUGCCGUGAAAUCAAGGGGGACAGCGCAGUCACGGAGAAGCUGAAGUCGGCCACCCCGCAGGAGCGGCGCUACGAGGCAAGCGAAGGGACGGAGGUGUUUCUAUCGGUUGAGAUGCCGACGGACGACGCGACCAUCUUAGGCUUCCUGCGCCUGCGACUGAACAUCCGCAACUGGGAGACACCGUUUGCGGAGCUCCUGCCGUGCGCGCUGAUUCGCGAGCUGCACGUGUACGGCAAUCUCCUGCCCACCUACGUGGAGGAGGCGGGCCGUUCGCAUACACCGGCAGCCCAACACAGCGGCAUUGGCCAGCGCCUUCUGCAGCGAGCCGAGGCGAUCGCCAGGGAGGAAGGGUACAGCCAAAUCGCCGUCAUCAGCGGCGUAGGCGUCCGCGGGUAUUACAAGCGCCGCGGCUACCGACUCCUGGCUGCCCACCGUGGCUGCUUCCUCGUGAAGAACCUUGACGUGGGCGAUGGGUUGACUGGCGCGCCGACAACCGACCCCCAGGAUGAACCGCUCGAAUUUUCUCUUGAGCGCGAUGAGGCGCUGCUGCAGCGGGUGACGGCAAAUCGCACGGCGCCAGCCUCACCGAUCCCAGGUGGGGUACCGCCCCCCGGCGUAGUCACACUCGCUGCAGUGCGGACGCAGGCGGUUGCAUGGUACGGCCAGCUGCGCACCAGCGUUGCGCAGUGGUGGUCAGCGCGAAAGCGAUGCCGCGGGGAGGAAACCGAGUGGCAGCAGCGGAGCGACGAGGAGGGACGCGCUGAAGCAGCAGCGCGCACUCUGUAA